GUAACGACAAAGCGGUUAUUGGGAAGCAAGCAAAAGUUAUCAGUCACAGACAUACCAGAAGUUCAAUGCAACACCACACUUAGCGUCACUGGCACCAAUAGCUUUGACAAGUGUCACCAUGGCGUCUGUUGCAGCGGGAUCUUCAAGGCGGCUCCUAGGAAAGGUUGCGGUGGUUACUGGCGGGGCUAAGGGCAUCGGCCUAGGUUGCGCUCGCAGCCUCUGUAAGGAAGGAGCAAAGGUGGUAUUAGCUGACGUAGACUUGGCGACCGCUCAUCGUAGCGCGCAGGAGCUCGCGGCGUCAGGACACGCUGCUCGCGCGGUCAAAUGCGACGUGCGACUCAAGGCGGAUUGCGAGGCCGCAGUGGCAGCGGCGGUGGCGGAAUGGGGCAAGCUCGAUAUCAUGGUUGCCAACGCCGGCAUUGUCAAGGCGGCACCUUUCCUGGAGAUGAUAGAGCAGGACUUUGACGACGUCCUGGCUGUGAACCUGAAGGGCGUCUUCCUGUCCUGUCAGGCCGCUGCCCGUCAGAUGGUGUCCCAGCGCGAGUCGCAGCCGGGCUGGUCGGGGGGCGCCAUUGUCACCAUGUCGUCAGUGAACGCAGUCAUGGCCAUCCCCACCAUCUCCGGCUACAACGCCAGCAAGGGCGGGGUCAACGGCCUCACUCGCAGCAUGGCGCUGGCGCUGGCACCGUACGGCAUCCGGGUGAACGGAGUGGGACCCGGCAGCAUCGCCACCGACGUGCUGUCCUCCGUGGCCGCCGACCCGGCCGCCCGGCAGCGCCUGCUGAGCCGCACUCCGCUGGGCCGCAUCGGUGGGCCGGAGGAGGUGGGCGAGGUGGUGGCGUUCCUGGCUUCGGAGGCGGGCAGCUACAUGACGGGACAGGUGGUGUACGUGGAUGGGGGCAGGCUGGCGCUGAACUACACGGUGCCGGUGGUGGAGAC